AUGGAACGUUACAGCAAAAUCAAACAAAUUGGUUCGGGAACAUUUGGUCAAGCAUGGUUGGUGGAAUCCACCGUGAGCCAAAGGAAGUAUGCACUGAAGGAAUUGGGCGUCUCCGAAAUGUCGGAGCAUGAUCGUCAUCUUGCAUUGAACGAAGCGAAGAUUUUGUCCAAGCUUAAGCAUAAGAAUAUUGUGCGUUACAAGGAAGCAUUCGUAGCUCUAGGAAAAUUGUGUAUCGCAAUGGAAUUUGCGGAAAAAGGAGAUCUCUACACUAGAAUCAGAGAUAGGAAUGGAAUGCAUUUCCCGGAAACACAAAUUCUUGAAUGGUUUACACAGCUUUGCUUCGCCCUCAAGUAUAUUCAUGGACAAAAUAUUCUCCACAGAGAUCUUAAGACACAAAAUAUCUUCCUUGGUAAAGAUGACGUCAUUAAGCUAGGAGAUUUCGGCAUUGCCCGGAUGUUGAACAGUACUCUGGAUCAUGCGCAGACCACAGUGGGGACACCGUAUUAUCUGUCACCAGAGAUCUGUCAAAAGAAACCACACUAUGGGCCACUUUUAGAGGACUUGGUUUCUGUUCUUCUUCAAAAGAACCCCGACGACAGGCCCUCUGCGAAGCAAUUGCUUUAUGUCCCCGCCAUGCAGCCGUACGUGAAGAAGUUCCUUCAGUGUGAGAGGGACAGAAUGAAUAGCGUUGCCUCGGACAUCACCGAAAUUACCUCAAGAUCAACGCACGAAUGUUCUCAGAUUUUAAGCCCAGGAAAAACAGAGAAAAAAUGUCUUAAAGUGAAUGUGGCUGAGGAAUCUUAUUCAUUACAUCAAGGCGAAGAAAUUCAAAUGAAGCAAAGUCAGGUAUUAAAACAACCUCAACAGAUCUCUUCUAGGAAACAAGGACUUUCCUCUGCUAGGACACUUAGACCGCGAGAAAAUGAGCCGGCCAGAGUCGACGCACCAAAGAAGCAGGAACUUCCAGAUACAAAUAACGCGUCCAAAAUGCAUCAGCCUCCAAGCGUCAACGGCAACACACCAAACGCGCGGGAAAAUGUCGUUACCAGACUCCCUGUUGACGCAAGGAAGUACAACCUGAUUAGACUAGCGCAUGCACUACAACGACGGCACUCCGAACAUAUUUUUACACCUUCAGAGCCCAGGAACAAAAUUUCCAAGGUUCGGAUUCAUUCCAGUGGAGCAUUAUUUGUAAACCAUUCUGCUCCAGAAGACGAUGUCUUUUCUGUUAGUGAAUCAACAACAGUUGCUGACCGAAAACCAGACCGAUGCAUUGGCACGAAACCGCGGGAUGUCAAAGAAAGAGGAUCGAGUAAGGCAGUUAAUUGUAGAAGCAGGGUUAAUUCUAUUACUCAAAAGAGGAAAACUGAGCCCGUAAUGGAAAUGGACCAGUCGAAAAGCGAUGAGGACAUGUGCAGAAAAAGGAGAAAUCAGUCCGCUGUAACUACUCAUGAUAGAAACCGCAGGCCGUUCAUGCAAAGGCAUCGCAGACUCACGACUAAUCUCGAAACUAACGAGGAAGAUAAAGAAAACAGAAGCUCAAUGUUUUCGAAUGCUCAAGUUAAAGCAAAGCGUUGUGCCUCAUCCGGGGCCUUGAGACAAAUUCAGUCCAGGAAUAUCGAAAGUCUACCCAUGAGCAAGGAAGCAAAAGAAAUAUUUGGACAGAAAAACGAAUCAAGUAAAAGUACGUACACAGUGUGCAAAGAAAGGAAACCUUCUGUGUUUGAAAUCCCGGAUAUCGAUGAGCGUCUGUUCUGUUAUAGUGCAAACACAAAGGAAAAGGACUUCAGUAAUCAGGACAACGAUGGAAACGAGGGCACAAUUUUAAAAUCUGAAAGACGCUUGAGUUCAGUUACAAACGAGCAAACUGACUUGAACGAUCGAAACUUUGAAACUGUGGUUCAAACGGUGCCUGAGGCAGUGACCAAUAAAACUGAAAGAGAUGAUUCAUUCUCGACGUCACAAUGGAAGUUCAAGCAUGGCGGCAAAACAUUACAUCUCGACAGCGUUUCCUCCAAUGAUUCGAUUUAUUCUCAUAUGGAGGCCUUGCGCGUGUACUUGGAAAAGGAACUAGGCACCAGGCUUCUGACUGCUGUUUAUCGUUAUCUUGUCCAUGUUUCUCUUGAAGACAAUGAAAUGGUUAGAAAAGGGGCUAUGGCAAUGCUUGGUGAAGAUAAAAUGACCUAUUUUCCCGUUUUACUCCAACUGGUUACUUGUGAAGCAAUCUAUUUCCGUGCAUCAUAGUAGUACUAAAUGAGCAGAAAUCAUACAUUUUUAUUGAGAUAUAUUCAAUGUUAUUAUGGUAAG